AUGUCUGUAAUAUCAAAUAACGAUAUUCUCAAGAAGUAUCUUCAGCUGGAUCAAAAAGGCCAAGUCCAAGUCGAGUAUGUUUGGAUCGAUGGCUUCAAUCAACUUCGAAGCAAGACCAAGACGGUAGACAAGGUGCCAUUGUCAGCAGCCUGUCUCUCCGAAUGGAAUUAUGAUGGCUCUUCUACUGGCCAGUCCUCAGGCCGUGAUUCAGAUAUCCUUAUUCGUCCUGUUGCUUUAUUCUCUGAUCCUUUCCGUGGUGGUGAUAACAAAUUUGUCAUUUGCGAUACUUACAAUCCUGACGGAACACCCCACGAGACUAAUUAUCGCUCGUCUUGCGAAAAAAUCAUGCUUGAACACGCUGAUAAAAAGCCAUGGUUUGGAAUAGAACAAGAAUAUAUGUUAUUUGAUCCUGAGACAAACAAACCCUAUGGUUGGCCAAAACACGGUCUUCCUGAACCUCAGGGAAAGUACUAUUGUGGCGUAGGAUCUGGAAAGAUCUUUGGUAGAGACAUCAUUGAGGCCCAUUACCGUGCAUGUCUAUUUGCAGGCGUCAACAUAUCGGGUGUUAAUGCCGAAGUUGCGCCUGGUCAGUUCGAGUUCCAGGUUGGCCCCUGUGAGGGAAUUUCAAUGGGUGAUCAUCUGUGGGCUGCUCGUUAUCUACUUGAUCGUGUUGCCGAAGACUUUGGAAUCAUUGUCUCUAUUCACCCCAAGCCUGUAAAAGGAGAGUGGAACGGUGCAGGAUGUCACACCAACUUCUCAAGCCUGGAAAUGCGCGAAGAAGGUGGUCUGGUAGCUAUCCAAGAUGCCAUCAAAAAGCUCGGUUUACGUCAUUCAGAGCACAUUGCUGUCUAUGGCCAAGACAACGAUCAGCGGUUGACCGGUAGACACGAAACAGGCCGGAUAGAUCAGUUCAGUGCUGGUGUUGCUAACCGUGGCGUAUCUAUUCGUAUUCCUCGCCAUGUGGAGAAGGAGGGAAAAGGUUAUUUUGAGGACAGGCGCCCUGCAAGCAACAUUGACCCUUACCGUGUAACAGAUAUUGUGAUGAGGUCGAUAUAUGCUACUAAUCCUUAA